AUGAGCAGUAGUCAAAAAAAGGGUACACUAAGACCCGUGCGGCGAAGUUUCUAUGACCCGCGGUCGGCUCCGGGUCAGGGUUGGGUGUGGGAAUGGGAGAACGACUCGGGCUCAUGGACGCCGUAUGACACAGCGGUGAGCAUCGCCAUCCAGGCGGCUCGGGACAGGCAGCAGCCCUGGCUGGACUUAACGCCACUGGGCUUCUGCUACCUUAUAGACCUGCAGACUAUGACGCAGAUCAACGGACAGACGCAGCGGCGCCGACGCAUCCAGAGGCGCUCAGAUCUGGCCUACCCGCUUGUUUCUGGCCCGCUGCCUAAACCGCACGCGUGGUCAUCCGCUGGAAGUGGUGGACUCUUGGGGGUGGGCGUAUCGGGGGUUAGCGGAGGGAAUGGCAGUGCCUAUCCCAGCGGCGCUCUCCCAGCUUCUGCUAUUACUUCACUGGGUCAACCAUGUUCCUGCCAGCAGUGUAUGCUAGUCUUAGGUGUCAAGACCCCUAGCAUGGCACAAACUCUCGGGCGGAAGCCCCCACCCGUACCCAAGCCACCGAGCCCAAAAGCACCAUCAAGAGGACACUCUUACUCGCUUACCCUGCCUCACCCUCCUUCCCUUUCCCGAGUCCUCUCGCCACAUAGGAACUCCACCUCAGGUGCUAGUGGGGGCUUCGGACACUCCCUCUCCCUGCUGGGCUCAGCCACUGCCGCCCUGUCAAUAUCCUCCAACCGUCCUCCUCCACCUGCUGUACCACCACCCCUGCCUCCUUCAAACACACCCCACACGACCUCCUCGCUCAACCCUACAGUACUUACACCCUCCAAUGCCCUUAUAUCUACGGCAACCACCUGCGCUCCCACGCCCUCUGCUCGUGUUCUGGGUCCCGUGUCGACGGCAUCAGCAGCUUGUGCCGCCCCGGUGCCGCCUCGCAGCAGUCUGGCUGGCCUAAGCCGUCCUGCCCUGCAGAGAAUCGCCAUGGCACAGUCACGGGCGCUCAUUGCAUCAGGAGUCCCCACCGUCCCAGUGAAAAACUUAAAUGGGUCCAGUCCUGUCCAUCCAGCUUUGGCAGGUAUCACUGGAAUUCUGAUGAGCGCCGCUGGACUCCCGGUCUGCUUGACACGCCCACCCAAACUUGUGCUCCACCCCCCACCUGUCAGCAAGAGUGACAUCAAACCUGUGCCAGGCCUCGGCCACUGCUGCAGAAAAACCACAAAGAAGCAGGCCCGCAAAGGUAGAACUUCAGAAGAAGUUGUUAGAAGAUAUCUCCAGAAAGUCCGCAACCCACCUGAGGAGGAUUGUACUAUCUGUAUGGAAUCUCUCUGCGGACCAUCUGGCUAUAAAGGCCCAGGUGUCGGUGGCAUCUCUCGGGCAGAGUCAGUGGGUCGUCUGUCUCAGUGUGGACAUCAGUACCACCUGCAGUGCCUGGUGGCCAUGUACAACAACGGCAACAAAGACGGCAGCCUUCAGUGUCCCACCUGCAAGACCAUCUACGGUGUUAAAACCGGCAACCAGCCACCAGGAAAGAUGGAAUACCACGUCAUUCCUCACUCCCUUCCUGGACACCCUGACUGCAAAACCAUCCGGAUUAUCUACAACAUACCCCCUGGCAUUCAGGGUCCAGAGCAUCCCAACCCCGGGAAGCCCUUCACAGCUCGUGGAUUUCCAAGACACUGCUACCUCCCUGACAGUGAAAAAGGCCGCCUGGUGUUGAAGCUGUUGCUGGUUGCUUGGGACCGCCGGCUGAUCUUCUCAGUGGGCACAUCCAGCACUACGGGUGAGACGGAUACGGUCAUUUGGAACGAGGUGCAUCACAAAACCGAGUUUGGCUCCAACCUGACCGGCCACGGUUACCCAGACUCCGGUCACCUUGACAACGUCUUGGAAGAGCUGAGGGUGCAAGGCAUCACUGAGGAAGAGUGUCUGAGAGACUGAAAAUUUAAGUCGGGACGACAAAGACUGAAUGUUUUUUUUUUGUGUGUUAGUGUUGCCAAAUCCGAAUUCAA